CUCUGUCUGGCUCGGAGCUGCCCCGCGCCCCAGCUGCCCGCCCGGCCGGCCGCCCGCUCCGGCCCGCGGCGCAGAUGGCUGUGCGCGGCGCCAACACCUUGACGCCCUUCUCCAUCCAGGCGAUCCUCAACAAGAAAGAGGAGCGCGGCGGGGUGGCUGUGCCGGAGGGGCGCUCGGCGCCUGGGAGCACAGCGGUGGCGGUGGCCGCAGCGCCCGCUGUCUGUUGCUGGCGGCUCUUUGGGGAGACGGACGCGGGUUCGCUGGGGGGCGCCGAGGACUCACUGCUAGCGUCUCCUGCCCGGGCCAGAACAGCUGCGGGGCAGACUGCGGAGACCCCGGGAGGCUGGGACUCGGACUCUGCUCUCAGCGAGGACAACGAGAACAGGCGGCGCUGCGCGGACGUGCCGGCAGCCAGCGGGGCCGGCGUGGCCGGGGGGACCCUGGGCCUCGACCAGCCGGUCUGUGAGUUGCACGCCGCCAAGGACCUGGAGGAGGAAGCCGCGGGCCGGAGCGACAGCGAGAUGUCAGCCAGCGUUUCAGGCGACCGCAGCCCGAGAGCCGAGGAUGACGGUGUUGGCCCCGGAGGUGCCCGCUUGCCAGGGCUGUGCAGCGGGGCGGGCGGCGGAGGCAGCGGCGGGCCGGCGGGCGGCGCAGAGGAGGAGGAAGAGCCCGCUGCGCCCAAACCCCGAAAGAAGCGCUCCCGGGCCGCUUUCUCCCACGCGCAAGUCUUCGAGCUGGAACGUCGUUUUAACCACCAGCGCUACCUGUCCGGGCCCGAACGCGCUGACCUGGCAGCGUCACUGAAGCUCACCGAGACUCAGGUGAAGAUUUGGUUCCAGAACCGUCGCUACAAGACCAAGCGCCGGCAGAUGGCCGCCGACCUGCUGGCCUCGGCGCCCGCAGCCAAGAAGGUGGCAGUAAAGGUGCUGGUGCGUGACGACCAGAGACAGUAUUUGCCGGGCGAGGUGCUGAGGCCACCUUCGCUUCUGCCACUUCAGCCCUCCUACUAUUACCCUUACUACUGCCUCCCGGGCUGGGCGCUGUCCACGUGCGCCGCCGCUGCAGGCACCCAGUGAGCCGCCUGGAAUCACCCAGUGAUUCCUGCGCCCUAGCGCCGACCUCUGUGCAGGUUGUACUCUGUGCAGGGGCGCUCAACCCAAGGGGCAAAUGCAGGAUCAAGUCCAGCUCUGGCUCCGCCAGUCAAUACGUGUGACCUGAACUAAGUCAGCCCAGAGGGGGCGCCUUUUUUUCUAAUUUGAACAGAGUCACCCCAUGGCCUAGGAGCCCUACUUGCCCCUCACCUGCCUGUAAGCCCCGGGACACUAUUUAUUACCACGACUGUGGAUUUGGAUUCGGAUUUGGAUUGUGUUCCCCUGGGGGACGGUGUUUCCCCGGAGCAGAGAGGACUCCUGGAGACCACAAAGCCUGAAUCCCCAGAAAUUCAGGCCUGCCGAGAGCUUCGUGCGCUAGGCCACACUAGUUCAUGGUAUCCAUGCUACCGAUCUAUGUGUAUCUACAUAACUCUUAUUUUUGAAAAUUGCAUUUGUGACAAAGGAGUGCGGAAGCCUGGCUGCCCCAGGCCAGGGGGUGAUUUGAACUGUGAAGGGUUUGGUUUUGGGGGCCUCCGCCCAUCCCUCCAGAGCACGGACAGGGGUGCCCUAUAGGGUGCUGAAUGUAAGAAAAAGAACCUCUAAGCGUGGGGCAGGUCAGGAAGCCCCCACACUUUCCCUUUCCCAACGAAGUUCAGGGCCGUGCCCAAAUGGGGAGUGCGUGAGAGCCCCUAAUGAGAGGAGAGCACACCCUGAGCUGCCUUUCGCAGAAACUUGCCUUUAUUUCUUUUUAUUUUUCAAAGGAGGUUAAGACUUGUAGCACUUUUCAGUUGUUUGUAAUCAAAUAACGGUUAUUUUUGUAUUCAAUGUGAAUAUCCCCGGCCAGCCUUCCCAUGGCGUCCUCCGCAGUCCAGCCGCUUGGCCCUUGGUUUCUACCAGACCCCCUCGGGACUUCUGCGCUCUGGCUCGGGACUCCCCUUUUUACUCCUCACCUCUUCCUAAGACAGGUGAUCCUACCUGUCUGGUCAACCUCGCCGCUUUUCGCCUCCUUAAGGGCACUGUGCA